CAACAAAAGUAAAGAAUGAUUGAGGUUUUGUAUUUUAUAAUUCUCCUAUCCAUUGUCGAGUUGCUGCCUCAGAACCCCUGCGAGAAUAAAGAUAACUGCACUUAUAAAUCGUUAAACAAGAUACUCUUUGACGUAGACUGUUCGAAUAAAGGGUUAACAGAGUUACCUUCUAACCUUAUAAACAACGGUACGCUGUACAGCAUUGAUUUAUCACAAAACCAAUUACAAAAUGUCUCGAUACCUGAAUACUAUUCUAUUACUUUAAAACAUCUCAAUUUAUCUUACAAUAACAUAAGCGAGCUUGGGAAUCAAUCGUUCAAGUCAAUUCCUUACUUGGAGACGUUGGAUUUAUCCAACAACAGAUUGAGUUUUGACAAGAAGAGCCUUCCAAGAAACGUGUUUCAAUAUCUGUGGAAUCUUCAGGAAUUAAAUCUUUCACACAACAAUUUUGAUACAGCAAAAAACUAUAACGCAGAACUUUUUCGACAUAGUCCAUCUCUUAAAACGUUGGCAAUUGAUGGUGUUAAAGAAGGAAACUUCAGUUUCAAAGUUUGCAAGGAAUUUGAAUUUGAAAACCCCCAAAUAUGUAAAGGUGGUAAAUUGAAAAAAAUAAAUGUAAGUAUCACGAGAUUAAUUGUCUCUGGGAGAGAAAAUGCUAAAUACUGUCUCAUCGAGCACCUGACUGAUGACUUCUUCGAAAGUUUUCCUAGCCUUGAAUACAUAGACCUCUCUGGAUGUUCCAUAAGGUCAGUCAGCAAAAAAACGUUUUCUACUUUGGUAAACUUAAACUAUCUGGACCUAUCCUACAACGACAAACUGUCCUUCCAUUCACUCCCAAACAUCUCUGAACAUUUCAUAAACAUGCGUCAUUUAAAGACAUUAAAAUUAGACAAAAUACAUUGCACUUUCGGGAUGGGAACAUAUUUAACUGUAGACAUCGUAAAAAACUUAGCUAAUAGCUCGAUUAAAAAUCUCGCCAUAGCAAGCAAUAGGUUGGAGAUGGCAGAGUACAACACUCCCCUCUAUCUGCCACCAAAUCUCGAGUUCUUAAAUCUCUCCGAUAACAAACUAACAUUUGGAAAGUAUGUUUAUCAAAUGAAAGCCAUGAAAAACGUGCAGAGAAUUGAUUUGAGUAAACAGCAUGCCACACAUUUUACCGGAGCGCCGACUGAUUUUCAGGAAUGCAAAAACAAGCCAUUAUGUCCUUACUCCAUUCCCAGAAUAAGUUAUUGGAAGUCUCAGUCAGGGGAAUGGUCUCUCCCUCCACAGUUAGAAAGUGUGGAUUAUAGUAGGGCCUCUCUGCAUUGGGCGAUUGGUAAAAUUGUAGUCAACAGAAAUAACUCGGUGAAAGAGAUCUCCUUAAACAGGAAUUUUUUUGAGAAUCUUACAGGACCGAUCUUUGGACUAGACAAAGUUGAAAAGAUUGAUUUCUCUUAUAAUUUCAUAUCAACAUUGUCCACUUACUUCUUUGAAAAAUUCCCUAAUUUGAAAUCACUUACUCUAAGAAAAAACUUACUUGGGAAGUGUAUAAAUACUAACAACUCAGCUUAUUUUCGAAAUUCAACGAAUCUAAAACAAUUGGAUCUUUCCCAAAAUAUGAUAAGGCACCUGCCCACGCAGACUUUUGAUGGACUCAUUUCUCUGGAAAUAUUGAAUCUAAGUUCUAACUUAUUGAGAGAAUUUUCUCUCAAUGAAGGCCAACUUGGCUCUCUAAAAGUCUUAGAUCUGUCCAACAAUGAAUUGUCAUCAUUUUCCGACACGGCAAAAAUGGCGCUGGAAUCAAUGCAGAUAAAUCAUCCUGUGAACAUCAGCUUGAAAGGUAAUGAUCUCCGAUGUUCCUGUGAUUCUCUGGAUCUACUCAAGUGGAUAUUGAAAUCGAAAAUAAGAUUUGUGGACAGAGAUUCAUACACCUGCCCUCAUAAGAAUUUAAGCGACCUAGAAUUAAUCGUCAAGACGCUUGUGAAAAAUUGUGAUAAUUACGAGGAGCUAAUCGGCGUUCUCUCUGCUUUCUAUGUCGUCUUUACGAUAUUCAUAGUUGGGGGAAUUCUUUAUCGUUAUCGUUGGAAACUUCGAUACAUCUACUACAUGUCAAAAUGGAGUCUUCCCGCGUCACGAAAAACUGAGGAUAAAAAAUACGAUUACGAUGCUUUCGUUUCUCAUGCUGACGAAGAAAGGGACUUCGUCACACAGGAAAUGAUAUCAGAGUUAGAAAUUACGUCACAACUGGUUUUAUGUCUUCAUGAGAGGGAUUUCACUCCGGGGAAAUCAAUCGGUGAAAAUAUAACUAAGUCAAUCUGUAACAGCAGAUAUAUUCUGUGUGUUGUGACAGAAAAUUUUUUGUCCUCGCAUUGGUGUAUGUAUGAACUAGAAAUGGCAUUAACAGACAACAGGUAUUCACGUGAUAAACAGUCAGUGCUCCUCAUAAUGUACGGGGGGCUGCCAACUGAGAACUCCAAAAUCAGAUCAUCCAUACGCUUUAUGUCAUUGGUGGAAAAGAAUGCUUAUAUUGAAUAUCCGAAUGAUGAGGGGAAUAAAGCAGAAUUUUGGAACUCUCUUAGAGCCAUGUUACAGGAAUAGACCAUAAUUGAGUGCUGGUACUGUGCAAAGAUAUGGGAAAUAUGGAAGUUUUUUGUUGUUGACAUUAUAAUGUGAUUCAUUUAAUGGAUUUAACACCACCCCAUUAAGCAAACUAAAGAUGUGAUGAAUUGUU